UUUAGUUGUGGAGAAGGCGGUUUAACGUUUACUGCAGCUCUUCGGAAGAACUAUGCCAGAGCCAUCGAAAUCUGCUCCGGCCCCUAAAAAGGGUUCUAAGAAGACCAUCACUAAGGCGCAGAAGAAAGACGGGAAGAAACGCAAGCGUAGUCGUAAAGAGAGUUAUUCCAUUUACGUAUACAAAGUUCUGAAGCAGGUCCACCCAGACACCGGCAUCUCAUCAAAGGCCAUGGGAAUCAUGAACUCCUUCGUCAACGACAUCUUUGAGCGCAUCGCGGGUGAGGCGUCGCGCUUGGCGCAUUACAACAAGCGCUCCACGAUCACAUCUAGGGAGAUCCAGACGGCUGUGCGCCUACUGCUCCCUGGGGAGCUGGCCAAGCAUGCUGUUUCCGAGGGCACCAAAGCCGUUACCAAGUACACCAGCUCCAAGUAAGUGCUUGUAUAGGCACUUCUUAAUCCAAAGGCUCUUUUCAGAGCCACCCACUUUUUCGAAGAAGAGCUGAAACUUCCGUUUUUUUGAUGAUGAAUGCAGUUCUCUACUGGUUAUAUUUACUUUCAGGUUUUUUUUUCCGGUGGUGUUGAUAGCUGAAGCAAUUUUGGAGCCAUGAGCCCCAAGCGACUUGGAAGGUUUAUCGGCUUUAAAAGACAUGAAUUACUGUGUCGCAUUACUCAAAAAAAACUCACUUUUUCCCCAGGGAUUAAAUUUCCAGAUGCUUAUUAA